GGGGCGUUUCCUUGACGUGCCCUGUCACGUGACCGAAAAAGGACGCUGGUAACGGGGCGGGGGGAGAAAGCUGCAGGUGACUGAAAGUAGAUUCCUACGUGAAAUGGAGCGGUCCAGGCCAUCUCAUCCCUAACAGAGUUUCACUACGAGUACAACCCACGCGCUGUUCUGAAAGGGAAGAGACUGACGGUGAGUGAAGAGAAAGUGCUGGGCCGCCUCCCAGGAGUGAGAGCGCUGAGAGGAGAAGGAGAGAGGUGACAAAGCAGGAGUUCUAUGAACCGGCUGCAACAUUUGAACAAAGUCAUAGCAAGAAACAAUCACAAAUGUCUGGAGGAGGCUCAUCUUCAGGGCCCAGAUCAAAAGACCGAAACUUAAAUGGGCGUUGGGCGCAGUAUGAUGAAGUACCAGCCGAUUCUCGUCACCGAGAAAGCAACCUUGAAACACUGGAUGACUGUGAACUUGCUCUAAGCUCUGAUCCCUUGCCACCACCACCUCUCCCACUACACCCUCCGUUUGGGCCUGAAUUCUACCCAAGUGAUAGCGAAGAGCCAGUCACAGCACUUGAACUCCGUCCUGUUAGAAGGUUCAUCCCAGAUUCCUGGAAAAAAAUCUUCAAGGGUAAAAAAGAGAAUCAAUGGGAAAAACCAUUGUCAGAUAUCAACUAUAUAUCGGGAGGCGCUCCAUGCUCACCUCCACGGUCACCAUCUCUCCUUGCUUCAGAAUAUCAUGGAAAAAACUCAGUAGGAGACUCAAAGACAGUUGCUAGUUCCUACAGAGACCCAUAUGGUGGAUCAGGAGGUAGCUACAAUUCCAGGAGAGAAGAAGAAGCUAUGUUGCCUCAUGACCCCUAUGGCUCUUUGGGACGCCAAACACAGACUGUAAAGACAUACAGCGAGAGAGUUGAAGAAUACAAUAUGAGAUACGCCUACAUGAAGUCAUGGGCAGGCUUACUAAGAAUCCUAUGCAUUGUAGAGCUCCUCCUUGGAGCAGCUGUAUUUGCUUGUAUUACGGCUUAUAUUCACAAGGACAAUGAAUGGUACAAUAUGUUUGGCUACACUCAGCCAUAUGGAUACACUGCAAGUAUGCAGGGAGGUUACUAUUAUAAUGGCCCCAAGACUCCAUUUGUACUUGUUGUUGCUGGCUUAGCCUGGAUAGUGACCAUAAUUCUCCUUGUGCUUGGUAUGUCUAUGUACUAUCGAACCAUUUUGCUGGAUUCUACCUGGUGGCCUCUAACAGAAUUUGGCAUCAAUGUAUCUUUAUUUAUACUCUACAUGGCGGCAGCAAUUGUUUAUGUCAAUGACACUAACCGAGGGGGGCUUUGCUAUUACCAGUUAUUUAACACCCCAAUGAAUGCAUCGUUCUGCAGAGUGGAAGGUGGGCAAACAGCAGCCAUUAUUUUCCUGUUUGUCAGCAUGCUUAUGUAUUUCAUUAGUGCAAUGGUUUCCCUGAAGCUUUGGAGGCAUGAGUCAGCCAGGAAGAGACGCGAGUUCUUAGGUCAGGAGAUUAUGCCUAACCAGAUUCCUCCUCCAAUUGUCAUGCGUGACGUGGCACUAGGAAACGGCCAUAUCAAUGAUGUCCCAGAUCAGCAGAGAGGUAUCCGAAAAGCAGAGAUGAAGCCUGAGCUUCUCAGUGGAUACAUCCCAGCAGGACAUAUACCAAAGCCCAUUGUAAUGCCAGACUAUGUUGCGAAAUACCAGGCCAUAAAGUCAGAAGAUGAACGAGAUCGAUACAAAGCAGUGUUUAAUGAUCAGUUUGCGGAGUACAAAGAGCUUCAUGCUGAGGUGCAGGCUGUUAUGAAAAAGUUCAGCGAGCUGGAUGCAGUAAUGCAGAAACUCCCAAGGAACCCAGAAAAUCAGCAUGAAUAUGAAAGGAUAGCAAAUGUUUUUAAGGAAUACCAAAAGAAAAAGAAUGAACCAACCUUUUUAGAAAAGAAAGAACGAUGUGAAUAUCUGAAGAAUAAACUUUCACACAUUAAGCAAAAGAUUCAGGAGUAUGACAAGGUCAUAGACUGGAAUGAUGGAUAUAAUUAACUGACUUUAUGUGAAGCUUGACGAAAGCUGUAGAUAUACAAAUGAACUGAACUUCAUCUUCCACUACAUUAUACUAUUUCAUUGUGUUUUUAUUUUCCUAUGAAUACAUUAUUUUGAUACAUUGGUGAACUGUGAUUUGGAGAAUUGCUUAGUCAGUCUUAAUGUUUAUAAGUGCAAGUUGUGCCUGAAAGAUAAUGUAAAUCUGUGCAGAUUGAAAAAACUUUCUUACACUGUGACCUUCACAAUUUUUCAGAAAAAUCUGUAUGCAGUCAGGUCAUUUUUUAUCAGAUUGUGUUGCCCAGUGUUCUAGCUGCACACAAUUUUUACAGCCAUAGCCCAUGUGUUGCUAAAAGAUCCAUUAUUUCAGUUAGAAGCA